AUGGCUACCCUUAUUGCCUCUGAAAACUUCUCCCCCACUGAAGAUGCUGAGGUUCUUAGAAGAUCUGUGAAAGGAUGGGGGACUGAUGAGAAGGCUGUAAUCUCUAUACUGGCUCAUAGAAAUGCAGCUCAAAGAUAUGAAAUCAGGCUUGCUUAUGAGGAGCUUUAUCGUGAAGAUCUUAUCAAGCGCCUUGAAUCGGAGCUCUCCGGGGAUUUUGAGAAAGCGGUUUACCGUUGGAUAUUGGAUCCUACAGAUCGCUAUGCAGUCUUGGCUCAUGUGGCAAUCAAGAAACCUGAGACUGACUACAAUGUCAUCGUUGAAAUUUCAAGCACUCUAUCUCCUGAAGAGCUCCUGGCAGUAAGAAGGGCUUACCAACUUCGCUACAAGCACUCCUUGGAGGAAGACUUAGCUGCACAUACCACCGGUGAUAUCCGCAAGCUUCUGGUUGCUUUGGUGACUACUUAUCGGUAUGAUGGUGGUGAGAUCAAUGCGAAAAUGGCAAAAUCGGAAGCUGAUAUUCUUCAUGAUGCCAUCAAAGACAAGGCUUUCAAUCAUGAGGAAGUUAUUAGGAUCCUCAGCACAAGGAGCAAGACACAGCUCAUGGCAACCUUCAACCGCUACAGAGAUGACCAUGGCAUUUCCAUCAGCAAGAAUUUGUUGGAUGAUGGUGCUGAUGAUUUCCAGAAGGCACUUCACGUCGUCAUUCGAUGCCUCAAUGACCCAAAGAAGUACUUUGAAAAGGUACUUCGCCAAGCAAUCAAAAGGGCUGGGACAGAUGAGGAUGCUCUCACUCGUGUGAUCGUUACGAGGGCAGAGAGGGACUUGAAGGACAUUAAGGAGCUCUACUACAAGAAGAACAGUGUUCAUCUUGAGCAUGCUGUGGCCAAAGAAACAUCAGGAGAUUACAAGGCCUUCCUCGUUACCCUGUUAGGGCAGGAAGAUUGA